AGGUGACCUUUCUUACCAGAACGCGACUAUUGAUAGUGGUGCUAGAGAACUUUGUACCAGAUUCAAUAUGGCGACCGUACAGUGUGCCGUGUUGGUAUUGUUCCUCGUGUUACACGUAGUCAACUCGGCUUUCACCCCGGGAUGUAGUUUUUUUAAUGGUCAGUGUGUUUACAACGUCAAGCUUGGACAUGAGGGUCAGUGCGACUCCGUCCAACAUGCGGCUAGUGCUGCUCCAAGCGCAAGUGGCCAUCUUGACGGUGGCGACUGCACGUGCAAUGACGUCCAGGUCGCUAAGAACGACCUGGCGACACUUCAGGGAACGGUGUCCCAGCUACAGAAGGCAGUCGACCAGUUAUAUAAACAACUUAAUUUGACAAAGACUGAACUCGCUCAGACUAACCAACAGGUGACAACAGAAACCACAGGCAAUGCCGACCUGCUGUCUACACUCCAUAUCAAGGAGGUCGCCCUGAACCAGACUGACCACGAGCUAGCCAGCGUCCUGAACACGGCUGGAGCGGAGAUAAAGAGCAUGAGGGAACAGCUUCAGAACGCUACCAGGGAUCUAAGCGUGUGUCAAGGAGUGGUCAAUCCCAAUGGCCACACAUCUUUGCCAACGAUGAAUGAGGAAUACAAGACCUUCUACUGUCCGUUCCAGGAUAGCUCCCUGUGCGGCUUUCGUCAGGAGUAUGGUGACGAUGGGGACUGGCUCUUCUCCAAGGGCACCUUACAUUUCUCCACGGGACCAAAGAUGGAUCAUACAUACGGGUCACCGUCAGGUUAUUACAUGUCGAUGGACCCCCAAACUCAAACGUCAUCGUCUCAACACACUCGCCACUUCCGCUUGGUCUCACCAAUAAUGAAAAGUGCUAACAACUACUGCAUCAAGUUCUGGUAUAACAUGUAUGGUACCGACGUUAAGGACCUCAAAGUAUACGCAAAGGUGAAUGGCGGAUUGGGGAACCCUAUAUUCAGCAGGAGGGGCAACCUUGGACAAGACUGGCAUCUGGCGGAAAUAGACCUGAACGACGAGUACACCAAAACCGACUUCAAUAUUGUGUUCGAGGCCUCCACUGAUUCCUACAGGUCGUACGUCUACUCUUCGUCCUCCGGUUCACAUCAAUAUGUCUACCACAAGGAGAACGGAAACAUCGCCAUUGACGACUUCUACGCUUACAACACAACGUGCAAUAGCGUCCCAACAUGCCCUCCCUCCUCAUACAAACGGACUGUUGGCAACGUGACGUCAUGUGUGAACUUCCACUCCGCGCCGUUAAGUUGGUACGCAGCAAGUCAGUCAUGCAAGAAGGAGUCGGCGCAUGCGCAUUUAAUGACGAUUCCGGAUGGACAGACCCAGAAUUAUCUUAUUCAACUUAUUCAAAAUGAUAUUGGUCUAAUGGCGGCCGGGCAGUCCGGAUAUUACAUCAGCGCCUCGGACGAGAAGACAGAGGGCUCCUUCGUCUGGACGGACACCGGUACUCCGUAUAGCGUGAAUUAUACCAGCUGGCACGCAGGCCAACCCAACAACGUCGGGAGUAACCAGGACUGCGUUCUGAUGGAAUAUCCGGCCGCCGACUACGAGUGGGGCGACGUCGAUUGCCAAACUCAACAUCCCUACAUCUGUGAAAUCAAUUACUAACUCAAUGAGUCAAUUACUGUAUAAGCCAAUCAAUCGUUGAAUAAAAUAUGUCGGUGAUGAUUUCAGAAUA